GAAAAAUUAAUUAAAAUGAAAAAAUCAAUUUUUAAAAAAUAUAUUUUAAUAAAUAUUAUUUACAAUUCUUUAAUUAACCUUCCUACUCCAAUUAAUAUUUCUAUUUGAUGGAAUUUUGGAUCUUUACUAGGCUUAUGUUUAAUAAUUCAAAUUAUUUCAGGAUUCUUUCUAUCCAUACAUUAUUCCCCAAAUAUUAUUAUAGCAUUUGAUAGUAUUAUUCAUAUUAUUCAAGAUGUUAAUUAUGGGUGAUUAAUUCGAUUAGUGCAUAUAAAUGGAGCAUCUUUUUUUUUUAUUUGUAUAUUUAUCCAUAUUGGUCGAGGUUUAUAUUAUAACUCUUUUGUUAUAGUAAUAACAUGAAUAAUAGGAGUACUAAUUUUUUUACUUACUAUAGCUACUGCAUUUAUAGGAUAUGUUUUACCUUGAGGACAAAUAUCAUUUUGGGGGGCCACAGUAAUUACUAAUCUAGUUUCUGCUAUUCCUUAUAUUGGAGAAUAUAUUGUUAUAUGAUUAUGAGGAGGGUUCUCUGUUAAUAAUGCCACUUUAAAUCGAUUUUAUUCAUUUCAUUUUAUUUUACCUUUUAUCGUAAUAAUAUUAGUAAUUAUUCAUUUAGUUUUUUUACAUGAAUCUGGUUCAAGAAAUCCUAUAGGAUUAAAUAGAAAUAUAAAUAAAAUUUCUUUUAGUCCUUAUUUUAUUAUUAAAGAUUUAAUUGGAUUUAUUAUUAUAUUAACCUUUUUAUUAAUAAUUUGUUUAAUAAAUCCAUAUAUUUUAUCCGAUCCAGAAAAUUUUAAUAUGGCUAAUUCUAUAAUUACUCCCAUUCAUAUUCAACCUGAAUGAUAUUUUUUAUUUGCUUAUGCAAUCUUACGAUCUAUCCCCAAUAAAUUAGGAGGAGUAUUAGCACUAUUAAUAUCAAUUUUAAUUUUAUUGAUUUUACCUUUUAAUAAAAUUUAUAAAAUAAAGGGAUUUAAAUUUUACUAUUUUAAUAAAAUUAUAUUUUGAAUAUUCAUUAGUUUAUUUAUUUUACUUACUUGAAUCGGAGCUCGACCAGUUGAAGAUCCUUAUAUCUUAAUUGGACAAUUACUAUCAAUAAUAUAUUUUUUAUAUUUUUUUUUAAGGCCAAUAAUUGCAAAACAAAUAGAUUUAAUACUAUAUAAUUAAUUAUUUAGCUUAUCAAAGUUUAUGACUUGAAUUCAUAAGAAAGAAGUAAAUUCUUCUAAUAAUUUAAUUAACAAUACCUAUAUUUAUAUCUUUAUUUAUUAUAGUAUUAAAUCUUUUUCCAUCCGCACCGUCGACUUCGAUCACAAAUCGACGGGACGAGUGGAGAGAGUGAGCCAGAGUUGACGAGUAGUAUCAAAUGUUGUUCAGUCAAAACUUACGAGUGGUUUCGAAACGCUACCAAUUUCGUACCAAUCUUGAUUCAACCGUUCCCGACACAACGGCUGCUACUAUCCCGAUCGAGUGAACCUCGAACGUCCGGAAUCUCUGCCACUUCCCCAUCCGCACCGUCGACUUCGAUCACAAAUCGACGGGACGAGUGGAGAGAGUGAGCCAGAGUUGACGAGUAGUAUCAAAUGUUGUUCAGUCAAAACUUACGAGUGGUUUCGAAACGCUACCAAUUUCGUACCAAUCUUGAUUCAACCGUUCCCGACACAACGGCUGCUACUAUCGCGAUCGAGCGAACCUCGAACGUCCAGAAUCUCUGCCACUUCCCCAUCCGCACCGUCGACUUCGAUCACAAAUCGACGGGACGAGUGGAGAGAGUGAGCCAGAGUUGACGAGUAGUAUCAAAUGUUGUUCAGUCAAAACUUACGAGUGGUUUCGAAACGCUACUAAUUUCGUACCAAUCUUGAUUCAACCGUUCCCGACACAACGGCUGCUACUAUCCCGAUCGAGCGAACCUCGAACGUCCGGAAUCUCUGCCACUUCCCCAUCCGCACCGUCGACUUCGAUCACAAAUCGACGGGACGAGUGGAGAGAGUGAGCCAGAGUUGACGAGUAGUAUCAAAUGUUGUUCAGUCAAAACUUACGAGUGGUUUCGAAACGCUACCAAUUUCGUACCAAUCUUGAUUCAACCGUUCCCGACACAACGGCUGCUACUAUCCCGAUCGAGCGAACCUCGAACGUCCGGAAUCUCUGCCACUUCCCCAUCCGCACCGUCGACUUCGAUCACAAAUCGACGGGACGAGUGGAGAGAGUGAGCCAGAGUUGACGAGUAGUAUCAAAUGUUGUUCAGUCAAAACUUACGAGUGGUUUCGAAACGCUACUAAUUUCGUACCAAUCUUGAUUCAACCGUUCCCGACACAACGGCUGCUACUAUCGCGAUCGAGCGAACCUCGAACGUCCAGAAUCUCUGCCACUUCCCCAUCCGCACCGUCGACUUCGAUCACAAAUCGACGGGACGAGUGGAGAGAGUGAGCCAGAGUUGACGAGUAGUAUCAAAUGUUGUUCAGUCAAAACUUACGAGCGGUUUCGAAACGCUACCAAUUUCGUACCAAUCUUGAUUCAACCAUUCCCGACACAACGGCUGCUACUAUCCCGAUCGAGCGAACCUCGAACGUCCAGAAUCUCUGCCACUUCCCCAUCCGCACCGUCGACUUCGAUCACAAAUCGACGGGACGAGUGGAGAGAGUGAGCCAGAGUUGACGAGUAGUAUCAAAUGUUGUUCAGUCAAAACUUACGAGUGGUUUCGAAACGCUACUAAUUUCGUACCAAUCUUGAUUCAACCGUUCCCGACACAACGGCUGCUACUAUCCCGAUCGAGCGAACCUCGAACGUCCGGAAUCUCUGCCACUUCCCCAUCCGCACCGUCGACUUCGAUCACAAAUCGACGGGACGAGUGGAGAGAGUGAGCCAGAGUUGACGAGUAGUAUCAAAUGUUGUUCAGUCAAAACUUACGAGUGGUUUCGAAACGCUACCAAUUUCGUACCAAUCUUGAUUCAACCGUUCCCGACACAACGGCUGCUACUAUCGCGAUCGAGCGAACCUCGAACGUCCGGAAUCUCUGCCACUUCCCCAUCCGCACCGUCGACUUCGAUCACAAAUCGACGGGACGAGUGGAGAGAGUGAGCCAGAGUUGACGAGUAGUAUCAAAUGUUGUUCAGUCAAAACUUACGAGUGGUUUCGAAACGCUACCAAUUUCGUACCAAUCUUGAUUCAACCGUUCCCGACACAACGGCUGCUACUAUCGCGAUCGAGCGAACCUCGAACGUCCAGAAUCUCUGCCACUUCCCCAUCCGCACCGUCGACUUCGAUCACAAAUCGACGGGACGAGUGGA